UUGAACACUGUUGGCGUUGCUGCUGUUUGGGGACAAGAUGGAUUAGUCACUGAACAAACACAAGAAGAAGCAACACCAAGUUACAAUGCUGAUGGAAUGUAUAAUACUCCUGAUGCACCAAAGAAAGUUUCGAUGUUCGCAAAACUUUCUGUUGCAGGAAAGAAAGCACAAAACAGCGACCAAGAGAAGAAAGAAAAACUCGCUGCUUCUAUCUUCAAAGGUGCUAAACCAGUUGCUAAGAAACCAAAGCAACCAGCUCCAGAACAACCUCAACAACAGCAACAACAAAUUACAAAUAAUGAGUUGACUGAUGAACAAAAGCAGAAUGUUGAAGAAGCAAUAAAUGAGUUACAACAACCACAACCACAAGAGAUUGCUGAAUUCUUUGCACAAGGUUUCUCUCCUGCUCCUGUUUUCGCUGAUGAUACAAUCAAAGUUAUCGCAAUUUGCGGACAAGGAAAGAUCUUAGUUGCUGUAAUGAAUGCAACUGAUUAUCCAAUUGGAGAAUGCAAGAUUUCAAUUGAUGGACCGGAUGUUUUGAACAAAGAUGUUGUUUCUCAUCCAGCAAAUAUCAAUUGCAUCCCUCAACAAAACGCUGUUACUUUGUUGACAUCGUUCUCUUUCCCCAAGCAGAUGAAGGGAUUCCCACAGUUCAAGUUCACAGCAAAUAUCGUUUACAAUGGAAAGACAGUUAAUGUCAAUUUGCCAGCGAAUUUGUUGACAUUCAUUGUCCCUCAGACAGCAACAACGAACGAGUUUGGAGCUGCUUGGAAGUCAGGAGGCAGUGAAUUAGUCCUUUCUCUCCAGAAGAAGGAUGGAAUGACAUUGGAUGAUAUCUCCGCCGCAUUGAACAAUUUGGCACACGUCAAGACUGUUCAAAGAAUUGGUCAAGAAGAGAUUUUCAUGGGUUUGUUAGUUUCAACACCAUUCAAGGUUCUCAUUCACGUGAAAUUCGGUGCUCAGAAAGUUGAUGUAAAGAUCCUUUCAAAGGCACAGCCGCUCACAGCUUCAGUUCUUAAUGACCUUAAGAACAUUUUUGCAUGA